AUGCCGGACUUCACACUGGGCCCUCUCCCCCCAAAUGAUCCCAACUACAUGUCGCUCAGUGAUUCUCGCCUCCUAGAGUACAAUCCAGCGUCAGAGGUAGGCCACUUGCCUCCCGCCUACAUCGACGUAGUAAAGGUGCCCACGGUGGCACGCUUUGCGGAGGCGUUGGCCCUACUUAUCGACGAACUGAGCUGCGUUGGGGGGAGUUGGUUUAUACUCCAGAGCUACAUCCAGGACCACCCUCUCCUGGACCUGGAUGACCUUGAGCCUCACAUUCGCCGUCACUAUAAGAUCGCGCAGGAGGAAUAUGGGGUCAAAGGCCGAGUCCGCUAUAGUGAGAACGUCGUGGCUAAAAUGAUGGAGGCGAAUGAGCUGCCUCCGCGUCCUCCACAGUUUAUCGACAAACAUAGCUGCCUAUUUGGCCUGGAUGUGGAAAAGUGA